CAGCUGCGCACAUGUGCAGAAGUAAGCUGACGUGUUGGAAGUAAAGAAGCAGCUGGCUUCACUUGGGAAAGUGAGACGCAUAUGAGCCGGCUGUGUUCACAUCAAGUGGUUCAUGUGAGAACUGGGUCCUGGAUCUACUUAUGCUCCCUUACACAUUCCUACCAUGGAUUUUUACAGUUCUUUUAGAUGCAUAUCCAGCCAUAUGAAAAUUACCAUCUUUAUUAUAUUAACAUUAUGUUUCUAUGUUGGCUUGAGUGAUAGGAAUCCACAAUAUGCUUUAACUGAAGUUGCUGAAGAUGAUGGCAAUGUAGAAGCAUUUGUAGAAAAUGAACAGGAUCCAGAGGAUCUGGAAAUAUUUUAUCCUACACAAGAAUGGCAAGUUGUAAAGCCUGGUCAGGCAGUUCCUGCAGGUCUGCAUAUGAGGCUAAAUCUUCAAACAGGAAAGAAUGAAGCCAAACUUCCAGAUGGUCAAGAUGGCAAAGAUAGGCCAAAACAGACACACAAGAGUUCAACCAUCUCUGAUGUAUACUCAACAAAAGAGCUUAAAGAAGCUCUAGCUAAAUUCAAAGGAGAUGAAAAGCUCAGUCCAGCAAUAGGAAAAGAUUACCAGCAAGACAUCAAGCAAAGAUUUAGGCCUAUAGAGGACUUGAAGAAAGCAUUUGAUGAUCUUAACAUCAAUGUUGAGACAGAUAUUGAAAUUAUGACAAAAAUAAUCAACAAAUUUAACAGCUCAUCCUCUACAGUUGAAAAAGUAAGUGCCUUGUAUGACCUGGAAUAUUAUGUUCAUCAGGUGGACAAUGCUCAGAACCUGCUAAAACUAGGGGGCCUUCAACUGCUCAUCAACAGUCUGAACAGCACAGACCCUUUGCUAAUUGAGCAUUCAGCAUUUGUCAUCGGCUCAGCACUGAGCAGUAACCCUAAAGUUCAAAUCGAAGCGUUUGAGGCAGGUGCAUUGCAAAAACUGCUAGUCAUUUUAGCAGCAGAUCAGGAGGUUUCAGUUAAAAAGAAAACUCUGUAUGCGUUAUCAUCUAUGCUGCGUCAGUUCCCAUAUGCUCAGCAGCGCUUCAUGAAGCUGGGCGGUCUUCAGAUACUAAAAAAUUUCUUCAAAGAAAAGAAUGUAGAACCUCUGUACAUCCGAGUGAUCACUUUACUGUAUGAUAUGAUUAUGGAAAAGAUGCUGCUUCACAAGGAAAAUAAUACUGGGCAGUAUGAACAGAAGUAUCAGCAGUAUAAUCAGAUCAAUCUGCUGGAAUCAAUCAUUGAACAAGGAUGGUGUCCAAUUAUUUCCGACCUUCUCAAGUUGCCAGAAAACGAUGCACGAGAAAAAGUCCUAAAAACUGUUAUGAUAUUGAUACCCCACUGCAGGGCAGAGUUCUUGAAUGAUGAGAAUCUCCGUACUAUAUUGAAUUCUCUCAGGAAAGAGUAUGAAGGACUGGCUGCAGAUGAACUAAAUUCUGGAGAACAAGAUGGUUAUUUCAGUGAACUUUUAAGCUUAACAAUUUCUAUUAAUGAUAAAUUAAAAUGAAAAUAUUGCUGCUAAUAAAGAUGGAUUUAUCAUAAGUGAUUAGUCUGAGAGUCUCUA